AUGGCAUCUGUUACCAAGUGGAGUGUUGCUUUGUUGGCGUUAAGUUUCUUUGAUUACCGUAAGUUUUUAAUCUUAUUAUUUUUGGCCGCCUUAAUUAAAGUAAUAACACAGGAAUGGAUAACUAGAUCUUCGUAGUUGACUGUUUACCGCUCAGUAAAGUUAAGUGUGCCUUGGCCUUAGCGAUUAAUGAUGACAGACACGAAAAAAUUGAAGAAAAACUAAGAGUAAAUUGACAAAAAUUGGUGUAGCUGUUAGCAGUUAUGUUAAAUAUAAGUCUCCUUUUUUGAAAUUUAGUUUAUUUCAUUGCAAUGUAUGCUAUAGUAUGACUCACUUCGCCUGGAUUAGCUGAUUCUACCUGCCGACCAGUCUCUCGUGUGUUGUACAGUCGACUCCCUUUACUGCGGACACUGUAGGGACGUCGAGUUGGCGUUCUCAUUAGCGAGAGUCCGUACGUAAUAGGGGGAGCUUACUCCAGUCAAACCUCUGUAGUUUUAUUUUUUCCGGGGAUUUAGUGCUGUUAUCAGGGUGUCCGCAAGACGAGAGUCGACUUUAUUUGCAAUUUAUAUAUUUUUCUAAUAAAGUCGGAGGAGGAUUAUCGCUUACCCAGGCGCUUACUUAGGUUAAGGUGAUUCCAUAGUAAAAGAACCUAACAUAGAUUUUAGCUUAAACUUGGUACACUGAUGUAACAAGUCAAGAAGAUGAUAAAAAAGUAAUAAAAAGUGGGGGUCACCGUGCUCGUUUUGACGUCACAAUGCUGACAAAUACGGCUAUUUAGGACCCUUUUACAAAAACCGCGGGCAGCGCAAAGCUAGACAAAAAGGAGAGAUUUUUUCGAUGAUGCAUUUGACAUCACACAGAAUUUGACUUUAAUGUAUUGUUUAUCCACUUACGUACCAGAAAAAUGCCUAGAAUUAAAUUGGACGCGCGCUUUUCGACCCGUGAUGGCUCAAUCCGUACAAUUUAGUAAAAUUGCCAAAAAACUGAACAUAGAUUUGUGCCAUUUUUUUUCUCAUCGAAAGGAAGCACUGUCCUUAUUAAAAUCAUGAAAUAAAAAAUGGGGGUCACCGUACUCGUUUUUGCGGUAGAGUUGCAGAAAGUGCGCACCAAACGCAUUUUCUCCGAUUUUUGAGAGAGGACUGGGGCGAGUUUCAAAAUAGAAUGUAUGUGAAAGGGGGAAGAAAGUAUUAAAAAAUCCGUUUUUACAGAAUUUACAUCGAGAUAUCACAUUUAGGACACAAUGUGAUAAAGAAAGUGUUUAAAUGAAAAUCAAAGUGAGUAAGCACAAAUUAAACAUCCGCUAUCGAGGUUCUCCGGGAGGAGGUCGACUUCAGCAACACACGUACUGCUUACGUUAUGCACAUUCCCAACACACUGAGUCUCACCUCGGCAAGAAACACAGCAAGCAAAAAUUUUAAUAGCGUUUCUCUUCAGUCAACUCCAUUUUAAUAAUAUUACUUUACAUGCGCUUUUUUACGGCGGCCAUCUUGUUAUGCGCAGUAAGAGAUGCGCAGUGCAAAACUAGGGAAUCACCUUAAAUUGUAACCUAGGUUCCUCAGCUGUUUCUUUGGUUCAAAAGCAUUUCCUCUUUCGAUUUUGAGAUAAAUAUUAGCGAUAAAAAAUCACGACGUUUCGACCUCUCCGAGGUCAUUUUUAAGUGUAUAAAAGUUCUCUAAAUUAGCAUAAAUAAGUUAAAAACAAGUUAUAAUAGAUAAAAAUGUGGUGAACGCUAAAAUGUGAUAAAAUAUGUAAAAAUGUAAAAAGUGCUAAAAAUAUUUAUAAAGUCAAAAAACAAUGGAAAUAAAACAAUGUUAACAAGAACUACUCUAAACAAAUAAUUUGGCGCGAAUUGAAUCGCACUGUUUGUUAAGCGAUUUUAAUAAAAAAAUCCAAAAAUCAAAUUGUAAGCUUUAGGAAUUUAUAAGAAGUUGCCUAAAGUUUCUACACGUUGAGAUUUUAUAUAUACAAAUUUCGCACUAAUCCUGUGUUAUUUUAACCCUGCUUUGAACUAUUCCAGUCCCAAAACCCAUUUUUCUUUUUUGCUUGUAGCUUUGCUAACUGUCUGCGGAAACGUCAAGCGCAAUUGUAGAGAGGCUGAGAGGUUCUAUAACCAGACAAACAAAAAUAUACAAGAUCCACAGUUUGACUUUAUAACAAAGAUGCUUUUACGUUCAAUUGCACAAGACUAUAGGCAGGAUCUUGAUAGUAGAUGUGCAGGUAAAUAAUAUUGUCACGCUUGUCACACUCCCCCUUGCCGUCGUAUUUCCUCUCCCGUCCUGUUGUGUAAGUUCACUAAUAACGAACCGUUCACAUGAGAAACAAAACGUUAGCUCGGCUAUAAGGCGGGUCACCCUUUUGUGAUGGUAGGGUCAACAUCUAAUUAUAAGGCAUGCCGGGCCAACUUUUCUCCAUAUAAACACUUUGUCCACUCGAUUAUCUGGUGAGACAAUCAGAACAUGCGCUGGUGAUGUUGACUUGGACAAACAAAUCAACUUUUUUUCUCAUACAAACAGUCGCUUAAGUUUACUCGGCGUGUAGGGUGACCUUGGCUUUCUUCCCGGGAGGGGUUUUCUCCGUAUAAACGGUCAGUAAAGGGGCCUAAGGUUAUAUUCACACUAUCUUGCAUAACUUAUCGUGCCGACACGAAAAGCUAUUCGGUACAGUGUGAACAGCAAAGUAACAGAACUGUAACCUCCUAUACUUGAACAAGUCGUUCACACAUAUCGAACAUCGUGCCGGAGCGGUUGGCCGCAUCUCGUUGGCCGUGCACUCAGUCAGUCAGUCAGUCAGUCACUCAGUCCUCAAUCCGGAAUAUUUACUUCCCUUUCAGUGGGUUCCAUACCUUACUCUAGUUAUUCACUUCCGCAAAGGUCCGAUCUGUUCACACUAAGACAAAGUGUGGCGCAGAAUCUAUUCGAAGUGUGACGCUUCACUUUCGAGGCCCGCGAGGCGCAGCUUUGCUCUGUUACAGAAAUCGUGCCAAAAUCAACGUUCUUAUGUGUGAACUUAAGCCCUAUCUGGUUUAGUUUUCGUUCAAGCGCAAGAGCUAUCCGGUACAGCGUAAACAUAACCUGAGUUUAAUCACUAUUAUGCGAAUCAAAAGCGAUAGGCCUUGACAAGAUCUCCGCUAGACUUCUUCGUGACUGCGCUGAACUUAUCGCCUCUUCUGUUUGUUGUAUUUUCAAUCGUUCUAUUACAACAGGUAUUUUUCCUGAAGAAUGGAAGUGUUCUAAACUCAUUUCACUCUUAAAGCAAAGAGAACGCUCCGACUUUAAAAAUAACUACCGUCCAAUCUCUUUAAUUCUUUAAUUCCUGUUGUAGCGAAAGUCUUUGAGAGAGUCGUUUAUGAGCAGUUCUAUAUAUAUUUCACAUUUUCCCCCGCAAAAUGACGUCUGAGGAACGAGCGCAGAAAUUCCAUGCUGAUGACGCGUCACUACCCAAAUCUGGGUGGUGCUUCUGAUUGGAUAAAGCAAAUUUCCUCCGCGGUACGACCAAUCAGAACCAUUACCCAGAUGUGGGUAGUGACUCGUCAUUAGUAUGGAAUUUCUCUGCACGUUUCUCAGACGUCAUUUGGCGGGGAAACCAGUGGUGGCGUCGCCAAAUGUCGGCUGUUUUUUCAGUCUAUUUCGCUAUUUGUCACAAGGAAUUUAUAUCAGUUUCAGUGCUUUUUUACAUACCGUACGAAUUUCUAUUCGUUAUUCGUCAACAUUAUCAAAACAAGAAUAUAGCCAAACAUGAACAAGCAUGUUUUACAUUUCCAAUCUUUAUGUGCAGUUGGGCAAACUCCCGCGAAGCGGCCAUUUAACCCUUAAAUCUCAGUUUGGCCACAUCGUAAGCGGCCAGCCCCAGUAACCGUCUUCUUUUUCCCGUCCCGAGGGUGUUCGUUUACGAGAUAUGGCUUGCACUGUAUUUUGAAAUCAUUUCUGCGAAAUUGAUCCAUGGAGUUCUUCUCUGUCCUGUCAUUUGUAUUAACUCAUGGUUUGACCGUUGAUACGCAAUUCUUUCAGGUCAAGAUCAAUGUUCUCUCGGCACCCAUGACUGCAAUCCCAAUGCUUAUUGUCAUAAAACCCACCUUGCCUACAACUGCGAGUGCAAACCGGGAUAUGACGGAGACGGAGUCAUCUGUGCAAGUAAAUUUUACAAUUGUCUAUAACUUUAUAUGCUAUACAUAGGGUUUCACCAUUUAACUUAAGUCCAAGCUCCCUUACCUCUUCACGAUCCAAGGGAGAACAACAUCAAUUUUCUUCGAACAAUUUCGAUACGCAAUCGAGAAAAAAGGUUAUGAGGAUUUAUAAAUGAUCAACUCGGGUAAUAGGUAAUCUCUUAAAAGCCUCUCGAAGGGAGAGGAGGGAGUUGCCAAUUCAAAAGUGCAGAAGCAACCCUUGGUAAUUCAUUUAUUUCAUCAGUGGUAUUGCUGAAAAAAAAGCUUAAACUGGGAAACAUAUAGCAGACGGAUUAGAUAAACAUCACAACAAUAAUGUUCUCUUAUGUCAUUUCUGAUUUUUUAGCAAUAGACGAAUGCGCUACAAACACACACAACUGCCACAGAGAUGCUAUUUGCAAGGAUCUCACUCCCUUAUUUACCUGCACCUGUAAACUGGGAUACCAAGGAGAUGGAAAAAACUGCACAGGUAAAUAUCACUUUUAUUUCGCUACUUUGUUUUAUCUGCGAAAUAAAGACCUUAAGAUCGAGGUUUGGCCACCUAACCGAAAACGGCAUGCCGCGAUCUGCGGUUAGCGGUUUUAUGUUACCCAAUCUGUCCAUAUUUAAGGCUGUAGAAUCGCGGGUGUUAGCUCGCGGCUGCCAUGUCUAGUUUCAUUCAAUCACUUCUAUUCUUUUAGCUGAGAAAUCGUCUUUAAAUGACGUUUCUACGAAAAAGACUCGAUAAUUGAUAAGCCGGAAAGAGUACAAUAGUCUUUCCUCUCAAAUGUGGAGUUGUUCGUAAAGACGCUGCUUACUGUACAUUUAUCUGUUGCAAGUUUUGUGCAUUUACGUAACGUGUUGAAGUUCAUUUGAAUUUGUUCUAUUUUUCUGGUACCGUUUUUCAUUUUUGGCGAUAAGGGGUCAUUAAUGAAUAAUUUACAGCUUACAGCUGUUCUUCUGUGUCAUUUUAUUCUUGGUUUGCAACCACGUGAGAAGGCGGCCAUGUUGGGAGUCAAUACAAUCAAAUUUUUUCUAGAAUAAUUUGCAUGAGAAUAGAGUCUAGUUCCCAGGGAAGAAAAAUGCCGUUGUUCUUGACCGCCGACAUAGGCACUGUGACGUCACGUUCGAACCAGCCAUAGGCUGAUUAAGCAACAGGACGGGAACGUCAUUUGACGACGGGGAAGCGCGCAGAAAGGACUAAACAAGACUUCCGGUGCCCAAUUUGCCGCUCUGCCAUUGGUCAAGCCAGGUGUUUAAUUUGCGCGCGCCGUCGUCAACUGACGUUCCCGUUCUGUUGCUAAAUCAGCCUAAUAUAGCAGAGAGUCUCUUCUAGGUAUCAACGAGUGCUCUCUCAACACCCACAACUGCAGCAAAAAUGCUAUUUGUACGGAUUUAACUCCCUAUUUUACCUGUCAUUGUAAACCUGGAUAUAGAGGAAACGGAUUCAAAUGCACAGGUAAAUACAUAUGA